CGAAUUUUGCCUCGUUGUAGGUUCAACAGAACCAGUUCCCUUUCUUCUUUACCUCCAUGUCCUCUACUCCUCCACCCACCCCUCCUUCUACCAGCUCAUCGCCUAAACAUUCGCCUCUAGCUCCACCCUCAGACUCCGAUGAGUCUGAUAUUGAACAGCUUUCUUUUUCGUAUUCCGACGAUGGGAAAGGAAACAUAGUUCGUGUCGCAAGAGGAUCAGGGCCAAGUCCUCCGUCAGCGGUCGAAGUAGGGGAAAAAGCAGAUGGGAGGGUUAAAUUCGCAGCAGGCGCAAAUGAUGAUCAGGAGCAGUCGACAGUCGAGCUUGAAAUCCGAGCCGCCAUAACUUCAGUGCCUAGUCCGCCAUCUGCAGGUGUAGCCAACAAAGAAUAUUUGAAACUUGAUUUUCCGGUCCAGCCAUUGAACACACAACUCUACGCUGAAACAAUCACAAAUACAAACUCUCCCACCGGCGGGAGGGCCUCGUUAUCUCGUUCAGAAAGCGCAUAUUCAGUUCUGAACGGACCGCAGACAGCCACAUCAGAACGAGACCGGGAAAGGGUGCCCCGAUCAUUCCAACGAGUGGCUUCAGGUCCUGCAUUGUCGGGUCCUUCAUCCAGCGCCGCUGCCCCCGUGUCAAAUCUGCCAAGUCGCGUUCGGGUGGCUACAGACCAACAAAACAGAGCGCAACAAAAGAAGAACGUGGAGGAACUUCGAGCAAAGCUACUAUCAUCGGACUACUACGGCUCCUAUUCUCACCUAGAGGAGAAAGAGAACGUCCGUGGCUCAGAUGAAAUCCCCAGUGUGGGAGAGUUGUAUGGCUCACGACAUAGUGGAUCAUCAUUAGGUGUCUCCGCGACGAGUACAGCACCUCAGCCAGCGCGUCUUGCGCCUCCGUCAAGAGCUUAUGGCUCCUACUCGCUAAGUGGCACAUCGCGUCCUUUGGGCCAGGCACCUAUCAGUUUGUCCCGUACAAGUGGUUCACGGCUGAAAGGAACUGGAUCGAAGUACGCAACCGACCGGAUUACAGAGUUUGGAGUGACACCAGAAAGUGAAGGUGAAGACGGCGCAUAUCGAGAUAGUGGGUAUGGCACAGCCAGUCGCCCAACCAGCUAUCAUGAAACGAGGGGUGAUACAGACCUUGACGAUUUUGAUCCUCCUCAGUCCACAUUAUUGUCAUCAGCACGUCCCAUACAGGGCACUGGUAGUCUCAACGUUGUAUCUUUGAAUAAUUCCAGCAUAAAUCGUCCUCGGCGGUCGGCUAGUUUGAGUGAAUCGCGUAAUCAAGAGGAUCAACUUCAAGCACCUCAACGGCAGUCCCACGCUGGACGACCAGGAACAAGCCUUGGACUUCGUCGUGAAGCGCCCGUCAUACCAGCCAGGCAGUCUCUCGAAGAACCAGAGUCCGAUAAUGCUGCCCAUGAGUACCAACCCCAGUCACGUCAUUCACCCUCGCCGACACAUCCAGCACCCGCACGAGUCGCACCAGCGCGCCCUUUAUAUGCUCAUAAACGACGUGAUUCAGACACCCUCCGAAGCGUGCCACAUCCCCACGCCCAAUUGACUGCGGUGCCCUCGAACGUUUCUCCAACAACCGCUGACGGUGCAGUGCCGCCUCAUUUAUCACCAUCAGCCAGAGGGGUGCGCACAUCUACCUCUGGCGUGAAUGGCCUUUCGGCCAAACACCGUCGCAGUCCUACUGCGCCUGAACCACCCACAGGCAGUGGAUCGUUGAAAGCGGGCGCGCCGACCAGUAACCCAGGCAAGACUUGGGCGGGAGGUGGAGAUAGGAAUAGUGGAGAUCAUGAGCAACCACAACCGGAAAGAGAGAUCAAGAAGGAAAGGGAACGGGCCCCGCGGCAGACGCGGCAACAGCAACAACCAGCAUAUCCAUCCCCCCAAUCAGGUGUAUCUGCCCAGCAGAUAGCCUCUAAACCAUCAUCUACGGUCGUUUCACAGAUAAACGGCUCUCAGCCACAACAGCAACAGAGAGGGCACCACAUAGCAGUGAAUAAGAAGAUUUAUGCUCGACUUGACAUGGUAGGCAAAGGAGGAUCUUCACGUGUGUAUCGGGUGAUGGACGGAGACAGCAACAUUUUCGCCAUUAAGCGUGUUUCGCUGGAAAACAGUGAUGCUGAAACCUUGCAAGGGUACAUGAAUGAAAUUGCGUUGCUCAACCGUUUGGCAGGGAAUACGAAGAUCAUUCGCCUAGUUGACAGCGAAGUAAAACUUGGCACCGGGAACACUAAAGGACAUCUGUUCUUAGUGAUGGAGUGUGGAGAAAUCGAUUUGGCCAGGCUUCUCCAGGAAAGGGUGUCGCAACCACUCAAUCUAUUAUGGGUCGGCUAUUAUUGGCAACAGAUGCUAGAAGCUGUACAAGUCAUUCAUGAUGAGAAGAUCGUCCAUUCCGAUCUUAAGCCUGCCAACUUUGUGGUGGUCAAGGGAAAUCUCAAACUGAUUGAUUUUGGAAUUGCCAACGCAAUUGCGAAUGAUACGACGAAUAUACACAGGGAACAUCAGAUUGGAACCGUUAACUAUAUGUCCCCCGAGGCAAUAGAAUUUCCCGAUGGAAAUGUCCGGCUCAAAGUCGGACGUUCAAGUGAUGUUUGGUCCCUGGGGUGUAUCCUAUACCAAAUGGUGUACGGCUUACCCCCCUUCAAUCAUUUGACUGUGUAUCAAAAGAUGAGGGCUAUUCCUGAUCCAGCACACAUCGUUCAGUAUCCGGAAUACACGGUGCCUAUCCAGCCCGUACCUAAAGACGCUUCGCCUUCCACCAAACCGCAAAAACUUUUUCAUUUGAAGCAGAAAGUUAGGCGGGACGUCAUCGCGGAUAUUCAGAGUUGCCUAUGUCGUAAUGCAAAGGAGAGAAAGACGAUCCCAGAACUCCUGAAGCAGGAAUGGUUGUCUAUGGAAGAGAAGGUUACCCCGCCACCACCGACCAAAUGGGAUUUAUUGAAAGAAGGAGAAACGAUUAUCGACUCACAUUAUAUGAAGCAACUUCUGGCCUAUGGCAUCAAGUUAGGUGAAACAGGGAGGGUCUCCGAUGAUCCUGCACAUCUCGAGAUGGAAGCAGCGCGUCUUGUGAGCGAGCUCAAGUCUAUUUGUAAAGGGACAACAUGAGCUAUCUUCCUUUUCCUUACUCUGUCUCCUGUGUGCGAGGCCGAUUUAAUAUUUAUCUAUCCUCUAUUCCAACAAUCUUUCUCGCUCUCUCCCCCAAAGCACGUUUGCAUUGAUCUUCCACAAGCCGAUUUCUUCUCCCACGCCGAUUCUGUUCUGGUCAAGAAGCGAAAAGGUGCUGUAUUAUUAUGUAGGUUUCUAUGUAUUUUACGCUCGCUCCCAUUCCCGGACUACCGCACAGCACCCCGCUCUAAAACUUUUCUAUCUUUCGCUCUCUUCGCAUAUCACCUUGCUAUUUGCUAUCGUCAUGUUAUCGCAAGUUUGGACACGUUCAAAAGCUUUCUAUUCAACCAUCCUCUCUCGUUCAUGAUGACUGCCGUCAAAUUGGUACAGAUAGU